CGUGAGGAAACUGUACGCCUAGAGGUGUUUAACUGCAUUUCCACUCUCAUUAGGAAUACAGCUACUAGCAUUUCAGCAGCUCCUAAAACCCCGAUUCGUUCUUCGUCUCUAGCUGACUCGCAAGCUCCGCUUAUACUGCGUAGUGUUUCUCUACUUGAUCGCUUCAACGCUUGCUUAUCUGAUGUCAAUAGUGCUCACUCUCGCUUGCUCGCCUUGUUGCCCACACUUGUGCAAGUGAUUACUCGACAUGUUGCUGCACAGGAUGCGGUAGCCAAUCGGCGCAGCCAAAAACGACGUGCUGUAUUGCAAGCUACUCCGGUUGUUGCUUGUCCACGCACUGGACAGAUACCUGGACUCUCUGCUAAUAAGGUCAGCCUUUUUUCGAUAUGCUUAGUUGGUCAGCGAUUAUGCGUUUUUGCGGGAUCUGCGUUAUAA